AUGAAAUAGCUGAACGAGAAAAACAAUUCUAUUAUACAUAUGACGAUGCAAUAAAGAUACAACCAUCACAAUUUGCGAAUAUGCAAAUAGCUGAUAGACAUCUAGUAAUGCAACAAUUAAUAGGAGAUAUGAAUAACAAUAAUCUUGACCAUGAAAAAAGAGAAAUAGCUAGACAAAGAUAUUGGGCAAAUAUUGCUGUAGAAACAGCAAGAUUCGAUAAAAAACAACAAAUUGAACAAAGACGUUAA